CCGAACGCGGCCCGGCGUGACUCCCGGCGCCGCCCCGCCUCCCACUCCGCCUCCCGGCCGGCCGGUGGCUUCUUAAACCGGGGCUGGGAAGGCGCCUCGCAUCAGGGAGCGAGCCAAGCGGACCGAGAGGCAGGGAUCCCGGGCAUCAUCCGCAGCUGGCAGCAGGAGGCUGGGACCGGCCGGCCGACCGACCCCAAGGUGCCUAAUUGCUCGAAGACUUCAGCAUGAGACUCGAGGAUUUUUUCUUUCUCCUCCUGCUCUCAGGAGCAAUCACGACCCUUCAGAGUUCGAACCCUACUGCUCGCUUUAAACGAGGAACACGUGGAAUAAUACGACCCAGGAAAGUCGUAUGCAAAGACCAGAUAACCCAACAGAUCUACCAGCAAAGGGAGAUUUGGCUGCGGCAGGCGAACAGACGCAUUGAAUACUGUCGUUGCGAGAGCCACGGUGUCUUUUGCCAUGCAGUGCCUGUUCAAGGCUGCCUGAGGCCGCAGUGUCUCAACCGGGGCCGAUGCCAACAAGCCUUAUACUCGCCCAGCCUCUUCAUCUGCUUGUGCCCACCAGGCUUCUCCGGGAAACACUGUGAGAUUGACACCAAAGCGUCUUGUUACCAGGAUGCAGGAGAGACGUACAGAGGGACGUGGAGUCUUACGGAGAGCGGAGCGGAGUGCUUAAACUGGAACAGCAGCGCCUUGAUCAAUAAGCAGCACAACGCACACCGGCCGGGCGCCAUGAGGCUGGGACUGGGCAACCAUAACUACUGCCGAAAUCCAGACAUGGAUUCCAGACCGUGGUGCUACGUUUACCAAAAGGGAAAGUAUACUUGGGAGUACUGCAGCGUUCCUGCUUGUUCCAACAAGCAGCACACCUGUUAUUCCGGAAGGGGUGCCGACUACCGAGGGAGCGAGAGCCGCACGAGUUCUGGAGCCACUUGCCUGAGAUGGGAUUCCCACCUGAUUUCUGGCAAAGUCUACACUGCCGUGAGGAUGGAUGCUCAGCAGUUGGGCCUGGGGAGUCACAACCACUGCCGAAAUCCUGACAACGACACCCGGCCGUGGUGCCACGUCCUCAAAGGUGGCCAGCCAAAAUGGGAAUACUGCGAUGUCCCAACCUGUUCCACCUGUGGGCUGAGGAAGCACAGGGUGGCCCAUUUCCGGAUCAAAGGAGGCCUUUAUUCGUAUAUCCAGUCCCACCCUUGGCAGGCCGCCAUAUUCGCCAAAUACCCUCGUUCGGAAGGCUUCGUCUGUGGUGGGAUCCUGAUCGGUUCCUGCUGGGUCCUCUCUGCUGCUCAUUGUUUCGAAGACAGGCCUCGUCCCAGUCGCCUCAAAGUGGUGCUGGGCAGGACUUCCCGGGUGACUCGGGAGGAGACCGAGCAGCUGUUCCAGGUGGAGAAAUACACCUUGCAUAAAAACUUUGAUGGGAAAACCUUUGACAACGACAUUGCUCUCCUAAAGCUGAAGUCUGUGUCGGACGAGUGCGCAGUAGAAACGGACUCGGUUCGUCCCGCCUGCCUCCCAGAUCCGGGGCUGGAGAUGCCGGACUGGACAGAAUGUCAAGUGUCCGGCUACGGCAAGCAUGAGGAGUUUUCUCCAUUUUAUUCUGAACGUCUGAAGGAAGGACAAGUGAGGCUGUAUCCAGAGAGUCAGUGCACACCGGCCCGGCUUGCAAACAGGACUGUCACCAAGAACAUGUUGUGCGCAGGGGACACCAGGCAGAUUGAUGAUGCCUGCAAGGGCGAUUCCGGAGGGCCUCUGGUCUGCCUGAAAGACGGCCACAUGACUCUCGUCGGGAUCAUCAGCUGGGGGGUGGGCUGCGGAAAAAAGGACACCCCGGGCGUUUACACAAAGGUGGUUCACUACUUGGAAUGGAUCCAGGAGAACAUGGCUUCAUAAGGCACCCACCGGAUGCUUCCUCCUCGUUCUUCACUCCAGGGUCUCCUUGCAUCAGGGAGACACCAUUGGUGCGGACGUGAGAAGCUGACCCCAGGGAUGUAGGCUGGCAUUCCAGGAACGAUGCACUUGGCAAAGUGCCUUGCUUUGGACUACAGUUCCCAUAUUCUCUCCCUUUCGCCAUGGUGGCCCCUGGGAGACAUAGUGCAAAAAAAGAUGCUUUCCUAAGCUCUGUACAUUUCUCUCCUCUCUUGAAGCAAUUGAGUUGUCUUGAGUUGCGGUUCAUGCAGGACCCGUCCUCUGUCAUGGAGCUUGUGCAUCCGAAACUCCUCUUGGGAAGGAGGAGGGAUGUGCUCUCUAGCAAGGGAGUCCCACUGAACUGAACAGAGCUGAUUUCUGAGUAAACCAACACAGGCUUGCAUUGUCAGCGAAUUCCCCCAAAGCACUGAAAGUUGGACAUCUGUGCAUUAAAUUUUAUUUUAAAAGUGGGUCCGUUAGAGGGUGCACAAAGACAUGGGGCAGUCAAGUUUCAUGGGUGUGAACAGCAAUUGUUUGGAAUUGCUCCUGCUAAAUCCCUUCUAUUGCUAUAAAGCAGUGGUUCCCAACUUUGGGUCCGUGGAUAUUCUUGGACUACAACUCCCAGAAAUCAUGGCCAGC